GCGUAUUUUUUGGCAAUAAUGCAUGAAGAAUAAUGUAAAGAUGGGGCAGGUGUAGGGGUCACAUGUGGAAUUUUAUUGGGAAAAUUGUGUGUAUGCAUGAACUCAACUGGCUAGUUCUGCCCCCCACCUUUAGAAACCCACUUGCCACCCUCCUCUUCUAACUCUCAACAGUAGUGAAAGAAACAGAAGUGACUAGUUGAGUGAAGAAUCCUAAAAUAUACAUGAAGUAACAAUCUUAAGGAAUCCUCUAUGCAUAUUAAGGAAAACCUAUCUGCAGAAAGCCAGAGAAUAAAACCGGAACAUCCAUGGCCCCCACACAUCUAGCCUUGAACAAGUACUAUAUAAACCUCCCAACCCGAACAACAAGAACACCAACUCAUUGACAAAGUAGUAUUCUUCUACAACAGGCACAGUUCAAGCAGAGCUACUACAGUCCCAAUUCUUUUGUAUUCUAAGUCCUUACAAUCUUCAGGAAGAAUGAGCUGGGCAGGAGGAGACUGGAUGUGUGGCGCAUGCCAGCACUUGAAUUUUAAAAAGCGGGAAGCAUGCCAACGAUGUGGGUACCCCAAGUAUGGUGGCCCUGAUCCCUCGACAUAUGGAAGCAACAGAACAGAAGUCUUGGCGGGGGACUGGUUUUGCAACUGUGGAGCUCACAAUUAUGCACAGAGACCAAAUUGCUUCAGAUGCACUGCAUUGAAAAAUGACUACAGUGGUGGGUAUAACAUGAUGGCUUCUGGAGGCUAUGGAUCUGAUGGCAGUGCACCACCAGGAUGGAAAGCUGGUGACUGGAUUUGCAAUAGAGCCGGAUGUGGAGUGCACAAUUAUGCUAACCGGCAAGAAUGUUUUAAAUGCAAAACUCCAAAGGACUACUGUCUGUAAUACAUUAUUCAGAUGGUGAUGUUUAAGGAAAUGAGGUGUAGAAGACUCUUACACUUCAGAUCCCUUCUCAAAAUCUGUCUAGUAAUUUUUCCCCCACUUUCCUUUAAGAGAUAAAUAAGCUUAGGUUGAUCAUGGUUGAAGGCACAUUUUCACAAGUAUAGCCAAUCAACCAUACAACUGUACUAGGGAGGAUUUCUAAUUAUGUUGCAAGGUGCAACUGAAUUAGGCAAUCUCUUCCACUCUCUGUAUUUUUAUAUUAAUGGAGUUACUUAGUUUUUUGUACCUC